CAGACGGACCAAAACAUUUCCCCUGACGUGGAGCUGGACUUGUACAAUGGCUGAUACAAAGGUGGAAAAUACUGUGGAUAACUCCACCACUGUGCAAAACCCAAAUGCGUCAUCCCAGCAAAAUAAUCCACUGUCCAGGAAACUCAAUAAGAUAUUGGAAACGAGGCUUGACAAUGACAAGGAGAUGCUGGAGGCUCUCAAAGCUCUAUCAGUGUUCUUCACAGAGAACAGCCUGCGCACCAGGAGGAACCUCCGCGGUGACAUCGAGAGACGGAGCCUGGCCAUUAAUGAAGAUUUCGCUAGAAUAUUCAAAGAGGUCAAGGAGGAGCUCGAGAGUGUCAAUGAAGACGUCCAGGCCAUGAGCAGCUGCUGUGAGGAGAUGACCAGCAGGCUAAAGGCGGCAAAGGAGCAGACCCAGGAUUUAAUCAUCAAAACCAACAAACUUCAGGGAGAAAAUCACCGGCUGGAGGUCCGAGCUCAGGUGGCACAGGCUUUCCUCUCCAAGUUCCAGCUGACCAGUGAAGAGAUGGCCAUUCUGAGAGGAGCCCGAGACACGCCCAUCACCAAGGAUUUCUUCAAAGCUCUGCAUCGUGUGAAGCAGAUCCAUGAAGACGUUAAAGUCCUUUUGAGAACCAAUCAACAGACAGCAGGGCUGGAGAUCAUGGAGCAGAUGGCUGUGUUACAGGAGACCUCCUAUGAGCAGCUCUAUCGCUGGGCCCAGAAUGAGUGCAGAGGACUGACCCAGGAGACAUGUGACAUCAGCCCCGUGUUGACCCAGGCCAUGGAGGCUCUGCAGGACCGACCAGUGCUGUACAAGUACACGCUGGAUGAGUUUGGCACAGCCCGCCGGUGCGCUGUCGUCAGGGGUUUCAUCGAUGCUCUGACACGGGGAGGGGCUGGAGGGGCGCCACGCCCCAUAGAGAUGCACUCACACGACCCAAUGAGGUAUGUUGGGGACAUGUUGGCCUGGUUGCACCAAGCUACUGCCUCAGAGAAGGAGCAUUUGGAGGCUCUGCUCAAGCAAGUCACGAUACCAGGUGUGGAGGAGAACAUGCAGGAGGUAGUUGGACACAUUACAGAGGGAGUGUGCAGACCACUUAAGGUGAGGAUAGAGCAGGUGAUUGUGGCAGAGCCUGGUGCCGUUCUACUCUACAAACUCUCCAACCUGCUCAAAUUCUACCAUCACACGAUAAGCUCCAUCAUUGGGACCAGCGUGGCCUCCCUGCUCAUGACUGUGGAUGAGAUGCACAUUCUCAGCAAAAAGAUGUUCUUCAACAGCCUCAGUCUACACGCCAGCAGGCUCAUGGACAAGGUGGAGCUCCCCCCUGCUGACCUGGGCCCCACUGCCUCCCUCACACAAACCUUGUCUCUGCUCAGAGAGGUGCUUGCCUCACACGACUCCUCUGUGGUGCCUCUGGAUGCACGCCAGGCUGACUUUGCUCAGGUGCUGUCAUGCAUCUUGGACCCGCUCCUCCAGCUGUGCACUGUCUCUGCCAGUAACCUGGGCACAGCGGACAUGGCCACCUACAUGGUCAACUCCCUGUACGUCAUGAAGACCACCCUGGCUCUGUUUGAGUUCACCGACAAGAGACUAGAGAUGCUGGAGUUUCAGAUAGAGGCUCAUCUUGACACGCUGAUCAACGAGCAGGCGUCCUACGUCCUGACCAGAGCCGGACUCAGCUACAUCUACAACUGUGUCCAGCAGCACAGCCCCGAGCAGGGCCCUCUGUCCCUUCUGCCCAGUAUGGACAACUCAUCAGUGAAAGCAGCUAUGGUCCAGUUUGAUCGGUACUUGUCGUCGCCAGACACUCUAGUGAUGCCACAGCUCAACUUUCUGCUCAGUGCUGCCAUCAAAGAGCAGAUCUUCCGUCAGUCCACAGAGCUGGUGUGCAGGGCCUACGCAGAGGUGUACGCCGCUCUCACAAACCCAGCCAACGGAUACAAGGACGCCGAGAACCUGGUGCCUCGGUCGCCCCCGCAGGUCCAGACCUUACUGUCCUGAGACUCUGCUCCCCCCUCCUCCACCUGCUCUUCUCACCACCACAGCAGCAGCAGCAGGAGAAGCCAAAGACACAAGCACCACGAGGUUAUUUAAAGAGCAGAGUGGUCGGGAUGGCGUCAUGACAUAAAUGUAUAAAGUAAGGCGGGGUUUUCUGUGGGCCAGAGGGAAAGUACAUUACAUUCAGUAUAUACAGUUGUGUUAGAUUGGUGUGGCCUGCUUUUUUCCGUUCCUGUUGCAUGUCUAUAGGCAUAUGAGUUCUGUUGUGCAAAGUCCUGUUUUUAUCACUUCUAUUGAACAUAAAGUGAACUCAUUAAUGUAGUUUUGAAUGAGUUUUUUUUCUUAAAUACUUCACAUGUCUAUUGUGUGGUGAGCUAUAUAAAUUGUCAUAUUCAGACUUGUCACAUUCAAACCCCCGCAUUAGCUUACUGCAAUGGUGAUGUCUGUUGUCAACAAGAUGCUACCACAAUGGAAGUGUUGAAAUGAUCAGUGUGUGUCCAGUCAAGAUGCAUUGACUUUAAAGUGGAACUAAACACUUAAACUCCACCCACAAACACGAAAAAGAAAAGAGUACAGAGGGAGGAGGGGUGCAUUCUGGUGGUAUAAGGAGGAAUAGUGUGAUUGUUUUAACAGGUAACCACACUUCAAACUCAGCCCCUGCAGCCAGGUGUUUGUUAUCAGAAACACCUCCUGUGUGAUGUCACUAACUACUUGAAAUCACAGUGGCCACUGAAGGCAGUACACAACCAGUUUUUGACCGUUUUUUAACCAGAAAGCUACAGAUUUACCUAGUUUGCGCUACGAUUGUCAAAAAAAAGGUAACUGUAGAUGAUACUAUUAAAACAUCAUAUACAUUUUAGCAGCAAGGCAAGUUUAUUUGUAUAGCACAAUUCCUACACAAAGUAAUUCAAAGUUCUUUGCAGAAUAAGAAGGACAUUAAAAUCACACAAAUCAAAACCUAAAUAACCACAAAUAAGCGUCAUAAAAUUAACAUUAAAACAGAAGAGUGCAGAAUGAAGACCUUUCAGUCAUACGCACAGCUAAACAGUUGCAUAAAACGGAAACACUGAUUCCCCAUGUUUAGUCCUGACUCUGGGCACCAGCAAGAGGUCUGACCCUGAAGUCAGCAAAAAUUAUGUAAAAAUAGAAUCUGUCCCCUUUUAGAUCAAGUUGAAAACAUUUUUGUAACUUCAUUUAUCCAACUGCAAUGAUUCAUGGUUACUACCAACAAUGUAAAAAUAAAAACUAAAAAUGUUAAAAAGCCGUUUUCUCAAUUUUGCUAUUUGGAACGUUGGACCUGUGACUUAAUCCAAUGCAACCCUGAACUGUUAUGAAAAGUGUUUCCUGCUCCAAUGACAUAACUGACCACAGACCUCAGAUGACAGGGUGAAGCGGCUCUGAGACUGUGCGCGCUGCUUCUCUGCCCUGUGGGUGACACCGGGGUUCUGCUCCUCCGGCUCUGUGCUCUGGGACUGGCAGUCCUUCCAGCGGUCAGCACAGAGGUCAGGACUUCCCCAGCUCUGCUCCUGUUCCACUCCUCUUCUGCCGUAUGUAGUCACUCAUAAUAGUUCUAAGCUUGAAAAGAACAGACGUUUCCAAAAUAAUCACUGAACUAAAUCACUAAGUGUUUCAGCAUGGAGGUUUUAGUUGGUCUUUUUGUUGCUGUUGCUAAGGUAAGGUAAAAUAUACUUUGAAUUUCCCUCAUGAUGGAUUAAUAAUCUGCAUUUGACCCUUUUUAAAUAGUGUCAUAGAGGCAACCUGCAUUAUACCUAUGAUGCAAGGAUUAGCCAGUUGUUUUACUCAAAUUAUUGCUACUUUAAAAUAACAAAUAAGUGGAAGUAAAUAAAAAAAGUUACC